AUGGGAGCCCCAGACGUCAGCAGGUACGUCGGACCGCCUUCGUUCAACUCGUUUGGUAGAAACGCUCGCGCGAAUAUCAAGGAAAAUGCGGAGGCGGGAAAAAAGUACUGCUUGUCCGUGGUCGAGCAUUCUUGCUCUGACGCGUGCAAAGCUUUUUGUCCGUGGGAUUUUGUGGGAUGGUCGUCCAGCGACCUCAUGUUCUGCGGCACGAUUUCAGACCCAUUCCCGAAGGGUGGCGGAGUUAGAAUUCGCGGGCGGGGGCUGUACUACUACAACUCUGGAGUGGCCGUUAGUGUCAAGCGAGUCUCCGACCUCUCGGUCAACCCGUGGUCUCGCGCUAGGCGGGGCUGGAGAUGGCGGGCAGCGAGGGCGACGCGAGCGGCCGGACAGUUUGUAAGCCUAGUGGCUAGCGGCAGAGUCAGGCUGGUCGGCAGCAACGAAGCUAGCGAGCGUGACGAGGGGCCUGUUGACGUGAUAUUCGACCAACCGCUGCCCCACCUGCCUGGCUGGCCAGUACCCGCCGGUUGUUGUGUCGUUGACGUAAGGGGUGUGGAAUGGUGGCAGGACUGUAGGACUCCUCUCUCAGGUGGCUGCCCUGCGGUCAGCAUCAUACAGACGCAUUUGUAUCCGUGCGGCCUUGAGCCAGUAGCCUCCGGGCAGCGCGCUCAAGGACUCGCGGCAACGGCGGAGUACGGGGAGAACUUCCUCGGUCUCCCAGUCGAGCAAUGUGUGAAACUGGGGGAAGUGGGUUCGGCAACUCUGCUGGCGCGGGAGGCUGACCUCUCCUAUUUGCGAGCGGUAGUGGUCAAGCGCGGCAGGCAUGAUGUCGAGAGCGACGUGUCCUCCAAGGCUGGCCAGGAGUUAAUCGCUUGCGAGAGUGAUAAGGUGCUCGCCUUCACCCAUCUCGACGUGUUUUGGGAGGAGUCCGUAAAGAGAGUGCUUCCUCGGAGCUUCACCGCCGCGGCCUUGCCUGACGCGGCCAGCGAGACAGACCCUGUACUCAGAGUGUGUGGAUCAACCCUGCAUGAGAUUAUAGACUAUUGUCUGCCCGGGGAGCGCAGUCUCGCGAAUGUGGUCACAGUGGGAGACCUGCUAACAGCUGCCGGGCUUGACACCGACCUUGCAGGUGCGCGGACAGCGGAGGAAUUCGUCCUGUGCGGUGAUAAUCUGGACGGUAUGCCCCGAGCCAUCCCACACACUGGGGGGUCCGACUCAUCACUGGCGGAUUUGGAGGACCUGGACCGACGAAUGCGCGAGCUCGAGCCCCUCGAGGGAGAGAGCGCAGAACCUGGAAGCUCCAGCCAUGCCCAGUCCGAGGCGGUUGUAGCCUGCAGGGGGCCCUACUUUACACGGGACGGCGGCGCAAGUGGAGACUGCGCGACCGCAGAAGUGGUGCUCGAUUCCCAUAAGGAGACAAGGGUCCCCACUGGGCCAGUGGUGACCGAGUACAGUAGGAUACUCGAGGGGCGGAGGCGCGCACUCCAAAGUCUGGCAGACGCACGAGGGCCGGGGUGGACGGAUGGACCCGACGGCUGCCACCUUCCUAGUGGGAGCAGAAUUAAUGGAUCCUCAGGACUGCCCUGCAACUGCUUGUUCUCGCUCAAGUUCGUCGAGCCCGGCGAGGAGGAAGGAUGCUCCAUUUGCGGAGGGAGCGGACACCACUCGCCCAACCCUCACCACGAACGGCACGCUCCCCAGAACCGCCACCCCCAUUUCACAACCAACACUGACAAUGCUUUGCGUGGAGAUCUUUUCAGACGACAUGUGAAUGGUCACACCGUCUAUGCAACUAACUACCCUUCAAGGGUAUACGCUAGGUUUUGAAGAAACAUGUUCGCCAGAGUGCCAAAGCGCUUCUUCAUGCGAGCUUUUGGAGUAUUCUGGAGGGAGGCCUAGUUUCGCACAGGGACGCAGGCAAUCAUACUAAAAUCCCAGCUUUGGCAAUGCGGCAGCUUUUACUUAAAAGUCUUUUCAUGCAGAGCACAAAGACGUCUUGAACAAAGCA